CUUUGCAACCGACAGCAGGUAGUGAUGGCGCCGCCUAGCGGAGAGAGCAGGAGCAGGAAGAGGAGGAGGUUUGAGUGGGGCCCAGAUACAGGAUAAAUAGGUGUCUGGGUAGGAGACGCCCCAGGCUCCUUGGCAGUUCUGAAUUACUUCAGUCAAACAUUGGUGCAUGAAUGGCAACUGUGGAUGACCUAAAGUUUCAAGAAUUUGAUGAUGCAGCCAGCUUGUUGGCAGCAAACCCAGAUGCUGUCACAAUAAGCAUUGAUGAACCUGAAAAAUCAAAGAAAAAGCAUGGACAUCUGCAAGAUUCUGGGAGAGAAGAAGAUGAUGAGCUGCUGGGGACAGAUGAUUCAGACAAAACUGAGUUACUUGCUGGGCAGAAGAAAAGUGCCCCAUUCUGGACAUUUGAGUAUUACCAAACAUUUUUUGAUGUGGAUACAUACCAGGUCUUGGACAGAAUCAAAGGUUCUGUUUUUCCCGUACCAGGAAAAAAUUUUGUGAGACUGUACAUUAGAAGUAAUCCUGAUCUUUAUGGUCCAUUCUGGAUAUGUGCCACUCUGGUCUUUGUCAUUGCUGUCAGUGGUAAUCUUUCCAAAUUCUUCAUCCAUUUGGGACAACCUGAUUUCCAUUAUGUGCCUGAGUUCCGUAAAGUGUCCAUAGCAGCAACAACUAUCUAUGCUUAUGCGUGGCUAGUUCCUCUAGCUCUGUGGGGAUUCCUCAUGUGGAGGAAUAAUAAAGUUGUGAACAUUGUCUCCUACUCAUUCCUUGAGAUUGUGUGUGUUUAUGGCUAUUCACUCUUCAUUUAUAUUCCAACAGCGAUUUUGUGGAUUAUUCCACAGAAAGCUCUCAGAUGGGUUUUGGUGGUAUUUGCUCUGUGUCUUUCAGGAUCUGUUUUAGUGAUGACAUUUUGGCCUGCUGUUAGAGAUGACAACCGAAGAAUUGCAGUGGCUACAAUUGUGACAGUUGUACUUCUCCAUGCUUUGCUUGCUGUUGGUUGUUUGGCAUACUUUUUUGAUGCCCCUGAAGUGGAGGUUUUCACACCAGCUACUGUACUGCCACAUAAUGGAACACUAGGAGUAAUAAAGGCUCAUUAACUAAGCUAUGUCUUUCUUCAUCUGUGCAAUAUCACUUUAUUGGAGCUUUCCUAUGCUGAAUAAAAGAAAAGCAACCAAAAAAGCUGAAGGAAGCAUCAUUGAAACAUCCUGAACUUAGAGUAUAUCACACCCGAUUGACCAACGAGAAAGGGACUUUAGUUGAAAUUCCACUCUGUUGAAGCAAAAGGUGAAAUAGAUUCCAAUUAAGUGCAGUCAAUUUCACCUGGAGAUUUUAAUGUACCUAAUUUAUCAUUUUUUUUAAAAAAAAAUCUGUAUAACCUGCAUUAUUUUAGUGUUCGCCAUAGAAUAAAAUUAAUUUGAAAUAUUA